AUGACAUCUCAGACACCUGUCAAGACCACAAGAAACCUCCCAAAACCAAAGUCGGCCUAUCUUCCAACCAGCAAGGACUCUCCUUUGUAUGCGAACCGGGAGUUCUACGACUCUGUUGCCAAAACUCACGAGAACGGGAAAAGAGAGCUGGUUGAAAAAAUCACCGUUCCUAUCCGGUCUGGACGGGCCUGGAAAGUCCCUAAGGGGUAUGUUUGUCGUGUGGUUGCUCUAGAAGGCCCCCAGGUGGGGGACCUGAACAUCUGGAGCGCCCAUAAUCCCAGAGAACGGCUCUGGGCAGCACGUACCAGACAGCUCCAAUCUGCCCAUGUUUCUGUUUACGACCGCCUGUGGUCGAAUCUUCCCUAUUUGAGACCUCUGUGCACCAUCACUGGGGAUUCUAUUGCGUACGGUCAGGACGAGUGGGGUGGAAGAUGUCACGAUCUUUUGGGAACACGGUGUGAUCCGUAUGCUGAGAAGCUGCUAUCUGGCCAAGAUCACGACUUCCACUGCCAUUCGAACUUGACACGGGCAAUUCUUCCUUACGGAUUGACAGAGUUUGAUGUCCAUGAUGUGCUGAACGUGUUCCAACUCACCGGCUUGAACGAGAACGACCAGUAUUUCAUGGAAACCUGUCCAGCUAAAAAAGACGAUUAUUUCGAAUUUUUCGCAGAAACAGACCUGCUGUGCGCCUUAUCUGCGUGCCCGGGAGGAGAUCUUUCGAAAUGGGACUGGGGUGAAUCUGACGGAGACUCGGGACUGGACAUGACCGACUGUUGUAGACCACUUGGCGUUGAGGUUUACAAGAUCACCGACGAGUCCGUUCUAAGUGGCUGGAAAGAGUCGCAACCAGUCAACUAUAAAGGUCUCCAUGGUUUAAAAUUAUCAUUGAGGACCCUGAACAGGUACUCGAGUUGUUGCCAGGUUGUUGGCGAUUAUUCCAUCGAGCUGUCGCGUGAAUUGCUGUGGAAAGCUCUACGAUCAGUGUUGCUCAACUAUUCCCAGUUGUCGAUUCAAGUACACCAGAAAGAUGAGAAAUGGGAACUUAGACUGCUGGAAAGCUACGUUUUAGACGAUGUGCUCGAGAUACGACCAGAAACAGAGACUCUGGAGCUGCUCAGAGAGUUUAAUAAACAGACGUUCGAUCUCGGCACGAAAACUCCACUUUGGAAACUCGUUCUUGUUGGAAAAUCCAAGCUGCUGUUCUGUUUUGACCAUCUGCUGCUCGACGGAAUGUCCGGAAGAAACUUCCACGUUCUGCUGAAAGACUCUCUUAACAGAGUUCUCACCCAAACGCUCCCUGUUGAUACGACUCAGCCCCUAUUUGAUACGUCACGUGACUCCGGAUUACAGAUCAACCCGGAACCAGCAGCUUUCAUCGACUACGGCAUCUCUGCGUCUGUUUUAACGAGAACGCUGUUGCGUGAGCUCACACCCAAAUGGAUCAAGUCUCUCCUACAGCGGUUCACGUCGGUUCCGUUGAUCCCAGACCAGUACGUCAGAGAGGACAUUCCGAGACACACGGCCAAAUUUGACGAGAACAUCGACCUUGUAUCUUUGAGCUCCACGGAAGUGGCCAAUCUGAUUUCCGUUGCACGAGACCACUCCGUCAAGCUGACAGCGUUGUUUGCAAUGUUGUAUCACGUGGCACUGUAUCCGGUAGUCGGAUACAAACACACAGUUGCUACCGUUCCUGUGGACCUUCGUCGGUUUAUGUACUCCAAACCAGGUCCUCCUGAGCUUGGACUGUUUAUGGGAGUGCUGGAAGUUUCGUUACCCCCAAUGGAAACGCUCGAUGUUGUUCCGGAAGACCCCAGCUGGAAUUUGGCUACUGCUAUUCAGAAACAGAUAGACGGUGGUUUGCCUGAGUCUCGAAGCAACAUUGGACUUCUACGACUUGUUGAGAACGAAAAGUUUCUCAAAUCCAAACUUGCAACCCCAAGAACCACCACUAUGGAAUUUUCGAAUCUGGGAUCUUACGCUAAUAAUAAGCUACAAGAGGUGAAGCUCACGAGACUAACUUUUUCACAGUCUUUGGGUCUUACAGGUGCUUAUUUUGGUGUCAACAUCAUAGGAACAGAUACCGGGAUCGAUCUUGUGCUUACUUCGUUACCUGAACUCAAACAGGAGCUCAUGCAGACCAAGACUAGAUUUUUAAGCCUAAUAAGCGAAAUAACGAGCAAAUAA